AUGGGCGGGUCGCUGGCUUCCUACGCCUGCCCCAAGCGGUCCGACCGGGGGCCGACCACGGGGUAUAUCGAUGGCUGCUUUGACAUCAUGCACAGCGGCCACUACAACGCGAUUCGGCAAGCGAAGCAGCUCUGCGACAGGUUGGUCGUCGGGGUGCACUCCGAUCCCGAGAUCGCGAAGAAUAAGGGGCCGCCGGUAAUGAAUCAGCAGGAACGGGUAUGAUCCACGGUGUGAAAAUAUGCUCAUAGCACCGCCUUCGUGCAGUAAGAAGUAUCGAGUACUACUUGUUCGGUUCUUGCCAAAGGAUAAGAUUUUCGAUUUUGUAUCGCACAUUUUUUUCUACCGCUGAAAAAAGAAUACAUGUUAAAAAUUAUCCAACCUUCGCUAUCAAGACUCGGCGGUGCGUUGGAGGCUUUCUUCGCAUAGGAUAAGUCUACGGCCUUCUGGAGCAUAUCAAGUGGAUAGACAAAAUUGUUUACGACGUGCCGUAUUCUCCUGGCAUCGAGCUCCUGGACCGCGCGGGGGCGGACUUCUGCGUUCACGGUAAAAUUUGUUUCUGUGAAGAUGUUCGUUUUCUUUAAGAAAACGAACACGAGAAGAAGAAGUUGCACUAAUAGUGCAACUUCUUGUGAAGGUGCAGAAACUUGCAACUUGGAUUUCGGACGAGGUUGUCAAGCAUGAAACUGUUUCAAGAAUAACGAAAACGCAGGGGACGAUAUGCCUGUCAAUUCGGAAGGGGUCGGUGCGUACGAUGCGAUCCGCGACGCCGGGAUAUCCAGAGCUACUCGACAACUUCCUCCCUUUAUUUGCCAUGCCGGAGCAGCUGUAAAACCGUAGCUGGUGAUGCGAGAACUCUUGCAUGGAAAAUUCAUGUUCUGAAAUGUGCAACAACCAAGGGCCGCAUCAAGCUGUCUUCAGCACGAUAAAUGCGGAAGUGAGGGUAGUUUUGUUCAACGUGAUACCAGAGACUGAAAAUAGUGAAGCGAACCGAGGGCGUGUCCACCACGGAUUUCAUUGGGAGGCUGCUUUCGCUUUCCAAGUAAGAAAUUUAUUUUGAAAGCAGUUUGUCUUUGUCAUGCUGAACAGAUGUAGCACAUGUUCUACUUUUACCGCGGCCCAUGAUGCGUGGGUAAUAUGUUUCCAAGCUAGGAUGUUAGGUGGAGAUGAAUUUUUGUUGCUCGUCAAGUUAUUGUCAUCGGUAUUUGCAAUACCAAUUUUUUUCUCACCAGGUCGCACCACGAGCGCAGUAGCCCGAUCGCACCGCAGACCCCGCCAGAGAGGAGAACGCUGUCGCAGCAGGGCGUGAUAUCCUGAUGGGAAAUCCUCGCACAAGUUGUGAUGCGCCAGAACAUGAACGUGUAAUGCGGCAGAACGAACAUGCGAGACAUUAUUACACUUCCCCUUUAGCCUGCAACUACUGUACGCUUUUUCAAAGUCCCUUCCGACGCAUUACAACGAGAUGGUGAAGAUUUUGCCCUUGCAUACUUGAAGCUGCUUGCCUCGACAAGAAGAAUAUCGGAGUUUUCCCGGCCUCACAAAAGCCCCUCGCCGACGGACACUGUGGUAAGUAAGUAUGUUAAAGGUUUUAUUUGUCAUUCGGUAAGACCAUGCCUCUAGAAGUACUUUGUCAUGUCAAAUCAUACACGGUAGAAACACAAGAAUACUCCGAGGUCUACUGUGACGGCGCGUUCGACAUGUUCCACCUCGGCCAUGCCACGACGCUGAAAAAGGCGAAGGAACUCGGCAGCUUCCUGAUAGUCGGGGUUUACGACGACGACACAGUGAAUGAGAUCAAGGGCGCAAACUACCCCAUCGCGACUUUGCAGGAGCGGGUGCUCUGCGUGUGCAGCUGCAAGUGGGUCGACGAGGUACUUGUACUUCUAGAGAAUUUUGCUUCAGCAGGAGCAGCUUCGCUACUUUGCGUUUGCGAGGACGUGUAAGGUGCAAUAAAGAUAAACCCCUUGUAGUUCUUCAUCUUUUGAAAGAACCUGUUAUCCACGAUGAAACAUCUUCAACACCAACGCGCAAAAAAACAUUACAAAAAGGUUAUUAUCGGCGCUCCCCUCGCCGUAUGAACUGCAGAAGUAUCGUACUCGUAUAAAUGCAUUACAAAUUUUCUCAGCAUGAGAAAAUCUGUAAUGCGGAUUUACCUUGAGAAAAAGAUUUGUAAUGCAUGAGUGCAAUACGAGUGCGAUUCUACACAGGAUACGCCGUGACCAGUGACAUGAUCCACACGCUGAACAUCAAUCUGGUGGUCAACGGAAGCCACAUAUCAGAUGCAAAAAUGUCUGGGUCUGGAAGAGUGCAACGUGUGAUGCUGCAUUUGGAUGCUGGAAAAAAUCUGUAUUGCAUGAGCAGCAAGAGGAGUCAACUAUGGCUACGCGGACAGGGCAUUUGUCAUGCGGGAUGCGCAUCAAGAAGCGCUCAAAAACUCUGUGAUGCUAGGGGAUGCACCACAGACAUCAUGGAUCAUGGAAAUGGUGCAUGACAACCCAGACAUAUUUGCAUUUGAUACCACACGAGCACGCACUACUUCCGCGAGGCCGGGUUCGGUACCGACGUUCUGUCACUCGAAAACACGGACAUGGACCCCUACCGGGUACCGAAGCGGCUGGGGCUCAUGCGCAUAUCAAAUGCAAAUAUGUCUGGGUCUGGAAACUUGUAAAAAUGCUGCGUUGGCAAUAGUGAGCGCUCGGUAAUGCACAGCCAAGCAUGAGAAAUUUCUUUGCGUUGCGUUUUUCGCAUGAAUUUGCAUGACAGGCAAAAGGGUCUCUUCUUGGACACGCAUCACAAACUUUUUGGUCAUGCCAGACAAGCAUGACAGGUCUCGCAAUCUUCCAGACCCAGACAUUUUUGCAUUUGAUAGCGCACCGUGAAGAGCGACUACCCGGAGCUGAACACCAGCGUGAUUGCCAAACGCGUAGCGGAGAACCGGCUGGCCUACAUCAACCGCAAUAACGAUCGGGAAAAGCGGGAAAUCGACUACUAUAAGGACAAGCAAAAGUCUAUGAACUGCAAAUAUGUCUGGGUCUGGAAACUUGUGAUGCUACUUUCUGAAGGCUCGGCGCACUGCGUUACGCAGCCACGCAUGACAAGUUUCUGAGCUCCUAUGUGUUUCGCUUCUCGGGUGACAAACUGCGUUUUUGCAUGACAGGGAAGGAGCUGCUUUGCCGCUCAUGCAUGACAGAUUCAAGAGUCAUGUGAGACAAGCAUGACAAACUUGCAUUCUUCCAGACCCAGACAUAUUUGCACUUGAUAAAGUCCAAGGAGUUUCGGGCGGAGAAUUGA